AUGGCUCACUUCUGCGAUGCUCAUUUGUCAUUUCCUAUUCCUUCAUUCCUCCUGGAGAUUUUGGUUGAACUCGAGAUGGUGUUUACUCAGAUUAGUCCGAAUUUCUGGCGUUAUGUCUUGACUACAUUCCUCCGAGCCAGAGAGGAAGGUCUGGAAUUUGGUCUAGCGGAGAUGAGGCAACUUUAUACCAUAAAGCAGAGUAGCGGUUUCUCGGGAACAAUACUCCUUGCUCCGCGCGAAGGUCGUUCUGUUAUCAGUGGUGUUCCUAACAAAGACGUUUUUUGGAUGGACAAAUUUUUUGUCUUCAAGGUCAAACCGGCGACGUUCGGAGACUUCGAUUUUUCUUGGAUCCCGAAGAAAUGGAACGAGAGAGUUGAGCUGUUCGGCUGUGCCAGUAUGACCCCGAAGUUGCAAGGGUUAAUCGCGGCGUUUCGCCCGGGUGAGUGUGAUUGGUCUAGUUUCACUCCGGAGCGGAUUCGAGCUGCUUAUGCUUUGCCUCCAGGCCUUAAUCGCGCUGCUCCUAUAUUGCUCGCGGAACCAGUUCGUCCUCAAAAAGAUCGGAAAGGGAAAGGGGUAAAGAGGGCGGAGCCUCUUGCGGAGCCUUCUGAUGCUCUUUCGGACUCUGAACCUUUGAAGCGAGUUCGAAGAAAACCGGACAAACGGUUUCAAGCCCCAUAUGAGUCGGGUGCUGGCGGAGAAACUGCUUCUGAAGCUCAACGAAUUCGUCGUCGGGCUAUAGCGGAGGCCCUUUUGAGAGAACUCAGCAUAUCGAGCUCGGAACCUCCUUAUGCGAAGCGAGAUUCGGGCGAGGGUACUUCUCGGUUUAACCUGAUAAAACUUCCUCUGGAUUGUCAAGGCGGCUCUUCGAUGGCGUUCUCGUAUGACAACGACGCUCCAAUUCUCGAGAACACUGAGCAGCUCGCGUUGAUCUGGCGAAAAAUAAGGACUCUUAAGUGCGAGCUCCCUCCUUUGGAACAGAUGCGAGGUCGUGAGGCUUACGCUAUGGAGGCCAGUAACGAGUAUGCUGCUUUGAUGGAGGAAUUGUUGGCAAGCGAGCAGCAGCGAGUGAAGGAGGUCGAAGACUUGAAGGUGUAUUUGACGACUAGUGAAGCAGAGAAGGUCGCACUUGAGGGGGACCUUGAUUCUUUGAAGGAGAAGUUCAAACGUGAGGCCGAGGGUCGAGAGAAAGCGGCUCGAAGGAGCGACGCGCUGCUUGUCGGCUGA